AUUAAUCUUGAUUCUAAUAGUCAUGAGGUUCAAUCACAAAGAAAUCGGGUUUCUAAAUUUUCUAAGCUUGAAAAAGCCUUAUCAUUAUGGGUUGAUUGUGCACUUGAUGCUAAAUUAACUAUUUCAGGUUAUACUUUAAGCUUACAAGCACAAAAAUUUGCUAAUCUUUUAGGAAUUUUAGAUUUUAAAGCUUCUGAUG